AGGUUUGUCGUAAAACUACUUUGCAACAUUAGCAACAAACACGAUGAGUACCGCAGUAUCUCUUAGGCGCAACAGUGACGAUCUAUGGAGCGACGCAGUUGCGCAGCUCAAUGAAGAGCUGAGAAAUAUCAUCGACUUCGACCGUCUGGGAAAGCGAGAGAUCGUUUCCGAGCUGCUCAAACAGGCAAAUAUCAGCAUCCAGCACUGCGAAGACAGAGCCUGGACGUUCGCGAGGGGGAAGAGCGGCGAGACGGUCAUUGUUAGAGACGUCCUCGGCAAAGUAGUGAAAUGGAUUGACCACUUCAAGCAGAUCGGAGACAUUGCAGUACAGUAUGAUCCUGGCCACGCCGCUCUGCCGUGGGCUGGCGUUCGGUUUUUACUCGAGAUCGCCACCAAGGAUGUCAAGACCUUCGCUUCCGUUGUCGAGCAUAUACCGUUGAUAGCGGAGCUCAUCUGUCGCAGUGCGCUUAUUGAGGAACUCCUACUGCGGUCCUCCCUAUCGCCGACGGCGGACGAGCUGCGGCAAGCGCUGGUCCUCCUCUACGUGAGGGUUAUGGACUAUCUCGCUCGUGCGAGGGCAUACGUUCUUCAGCGUAGUGCCAAGCGUGUCCUGAAAAGUUUUUCGCUGGCAACCUCAGAUCUCGACGAGUCCUUCAACGCCAUCGGCGGUGCCCAGGAAAACGUUGAUCGGUGUUUCAACUUAGCAAGCGUUCAAGCCAAUCUCGAGAGACAUGAAGAGCUUAAGAGUAUCCUCGCAAAUUUUCAGGCUCCAUUGAACCGCUGGAGCGAGCAGUUGACGAAAAUCACGGACGAUCUUGACGGAAAAAAGAGAACCGAUGUUCUGCACUGGCUGUCUGCCGAGCCAUACCUCCAACACCAUGAACAAGCGAAGGAAGGUAUGCUCGAGGGAACCGGGCAAUGGCUUCUCUCGGACCCUGUCUUUUUGAGAUGGAAGGGAGAGAGUGCCUCCUCCAUACUCUGGCUUCACGGCAUUCCGGGGUCUGGUAAGAGCAAACUUGUGUCUGCUGUCGUUGAAGACGCCCUGAGAGCAUACCUAGAUAACCGGGGGCCCCAAAGUCCACCUCCAGCGUACUUCUACUGCUCUCGCAACCCCGCUGAACCCGGACGUUCCGAUCCCAAAGAAAUCCUAGCAAGCAUUGCUCGUCAGCUCUCUUGUGUCGGACCCGGCCUUCCACUACUCCCGCCGACAGUGGCAGAACAUAGAAAGCGCGAGAGAGAAGCCUUCGCCAAUAAGUCACUACGGCUCCAAGAGAGUCGUGAUCUUAUCUUACAGUUGGCCAAGCACUACCCUGUGGUAAUCAUCGUGAUAGAUGCCCUCGACGAAUGCAACCCAGCUACGCGGCGCCAAUUCCUGAUCGCAAUGGAGUCUAUCGUUAGGGAUUGUUCCAGCCUCGUCAAGAUAUUCGUCUCUAGUCGUGACGACCAAGACAUUGUCUACAAGCUCCAGGAUUACCCCAAUCUUGAGCUGUCAUCAGACAAGAACCGGGACGACAUCGCCAAGUUUGUUGAAUCCGAGACGAAUUCCAUGAUCGAGAGCGGAACUAUGCUGCGAUAUAGCACAAGCAAAGAAGAACUACGGCAGAAAAUCAUCAAAGAGGUCACCAGCGGUGCGCACGGCAUGUUCCGCUGGGCUGCCCUGCAGCUGCAAGCAUUGUGCGACCUUAGCUCCGAUGCCGCGAUUCGCGAAAGGGUAGGGCGUCUACCGCCUACACUUGAAGAUCUUUAUCGGGAAUCCCUCGAGAAGCUCAACAACUACCACGCUGAAGCCGACCGCAAAUACGCAAGGCGUAUCCUUGGGUGGCUUCUCUGUGCCCGCAGAAAGCUCAGCCUGGAUGAAUUUCUUACCGCCGUCUCGAUUGCGGUGCCAUCAGGCGGUCUUCUACCCAAAGAACAAGUCUUGAGGCUCUGUCACAAUCUCGUCAUUUUCGAUCAGGCGCUAGACACCUUCCGUUUCGCACAUCUCUCGGUCCGAGAAUUCUUGGAGAAACAGGCCGCAUAUGCUCCCUCUUUGAUCAACGCCUGGGCGGCAGAAGCUUGCCUCCUGACGUUGAUUCGUCGCGUCGACAAUAAACCGUCAACUCACCUCCCUUCAGAGUGGCAGUAUCACCUUGACCGGACCAACAGAAUGGCCUCGUACGCAAAUACAUAUUGGGCGCCACAUUGCCAGGCAGCCGCCUCGCAAAGAAGUCGAAUCCAACUGAAAACACUCUUAUCUGGCUUCAUGUCGAGCACAAUAAGUCCGCGAUCACCAUUCUUUCUAUGGACUAUGCAAUUGAACGAUCUCUCAUGGGUUAUCGACUUCGAGGUUUGGGAAAGACUGCAAGAUUGCCGCAGUACGCUGCAGCCUUCACCGAUAUUCACCGCGUGUGCCUUUGACAUUUCUGAAGUGUUUGAACAAGUCAAAGAUGGCUUCGUGGAUGCUAGCCUCAGAAACGCUACAGGCAAGAGUUGUCAGCAUAUUGCUGCGCAAUAUGGAAGUUGCGGGGUACUGAGGAUACUAGUGGCAAUUCAAUCAAUUAAGAUCACCGGGGAGGUGGUCAAGGCUGCAGCCGGGAAUUGGCGGAAUGGGAAAGAGGUGAUGGCCCUUCUCCUUGAGAAGCGAGGAGACGAGGUCAAAAUCACAGAAGAGGUGGUCAAGGCUGCAGCCGGGAAUCGGCGGAAUGGGAAAGAGGUGAUGACCCUUCUCCUCGAGGAGCGAGGAGACGAAGUCGGAAUUACAGAGGAGGUGGUCAAGGUUGCAGCUGGGAAUGGGGGGAAUGGGAGAGAGGUGAUGGCCCUUCUCCUCGAGAAGCGAGGAGGCGACGUUAAGAUCACAGAGGAGGUGGUCAAAGCUGCAGCUAGGAAUGUGUGGAAUGGGAGAGAUGUGAUGGCCCUUCUCCUUGAGGAGCGAGGAGACGAGAUCGAGAUUACAGAGAAGGUGGUCAAAGCCGCAGCUAGGAAUGAGGGGAAUGGGAAAGAUGUGAUGGCCCUUCUCCUUGAGAAACGAGGAGGCGACGUCAAGAUCACAGAGGAGGUGGUCAAGGCUGCGGCCAGGAAUAGGAGAGAGGCGAUUGCCCUUCUCCUAGAGAAGCGAGGAGACGAAGUCGAAAUUACAGAAGAGGUGGUCAAAGCCGCAGCUAGGAAUUUGUGGAAUGGGAAAGAGGUGAUGGCCCUUCUUCUUGAGAAGCGAGGAGGCGACGUCGAGAUCACAAAGGAGGUGGUCAAGGCUGCAGCUGAGAAUAGAGGGAAUGGGAAAGAGGUGAUGGCUCUUCUCCUUGAGGAGCGAGGAGACGAGGUCGAGAUCACAGAGGAGGUGGUUAAGGCUGCAGCCAGGAAUCGGCGGAAUGGGAAAGAGGUGAUUGCCCUCCUCCUCGAGAAGCGAGGAGACGACAUCAAGAUCACAGAGGAGGUGUUCAAGACUAUAGCCGGGAAUAGGAGAGAGGCGAUUGCCCUUCUCCUAGAGAAGCGAGGAGACGACGUCGAAAUCACAGAGGAGCUGGUCAAAGCUGCAGCUAAUGUGUGGAAUGGGAAAGAGGGGAUGGCCCUUCUCCUUGAGAAGCGAGGAGACGACGUCGAGAUCACAGAGGAGGUGGUCAAGGCUGUAGCUAGGAAUGAGGGGAAUGGGAAAGAUGUGAUGGCCCUUCUUCUUAAGAAACGAGGAGGUGACGUCAAGAUCACAAAGGAGGUGGUCAAGACUGCAGCUGAUAAUAGAGGGAAUGGAAAAGAGGUGAUGGCUCUUCUCCUUGAGGAGCGAGGAGACGAGGUCGAAAUUACAGAGGAGGUGGUCAAAGCCGCAGCUAGAAAUGAGGGGGAUGGGAAAGAUGUGAUAGCCCUUCUCCUUGAGAAACGAGGAGGCGACGUCAAGAUCACAGAGGAAGUGGUCAAGACUGUAGCCAGAAAUCGACGAAAUGGGAAAGAGAUGAUGGCCAUUCUCCUCGAGAAGCGAGGAGGCGACGUCAAGAUCACAGAGGAGGUGGUCAAAGCUGCAGCUAGGAAUGAGUGGAAUGGGAAAGAGGUGAUGGCCCUCAUUCUUGAGAAGCGAGGAGACGACGUCGAGAUCACAGAGGAGGUGGUCAUGGCCGCGGCCGGAAAUGAAUAUUGUGGGGAUAAGAUCAUGGCAUUCCUUCUUCGCCAGCGGCUAUCUUCUGUCAGGGCCUCUAUUACGGCGGAGGUAUAUCUGACUGCAUCUGCGUGCGGCCAGCUCGCUGUGCUUGAUCUCCUCUCUCGUCAUUUCAGCCACUGUCCCAUUAAAGAGGAACUGGUUACAACCGCCAAGUUUUACCUGGCCGCCAAGAACGGAGACAUUCGGUUGAUCAAGAACUUCCUGGAUAAGAACAUCUACCCGGAUACAGCCAACAUCAGGGGGGAGACACCUUUAUGGAUUUCUGCAGCAAGGGGUCACACGGCAGUCGUCGACAUCCUUCUAAAGACGCAGAAAGUCAAUGUAAACACAAGAUCUGUUUCGGGGAGGUCACCAAUCUUUUGGCCAUCUGCCCGAGGUUUCGACAGAAUCGUAGCCAUGCUAAUAGACGCUGGAGCACGCGCGGACUUCGUCGACGAAGAGGGGCAAACGGCGAUAUCGAUGGCUAGGAAACAUGGCCACUGGGGUAUUGCCCAUCUCCUUGGUCGACUGGAAUCUGACGAAGAGGUGUACCGGUCGGCCGAUAAUAAAGAGAGCAUGUCAGCGACGGGAAGAGAAAACCAGUCAACAAAGGGUUUUGUCGACAAGUCGACCACUACAACCCGCAGUUGUAGACGAGUUUAUUGGGCUCUGGGGACUCUCAGCGCUUUGGUGUUAUUCCUCCUCGUCGGCUUUCAAGGAGUUCUGAAAACCUGUGAGUCCAGCAGGAGUUCGCCGGAGGAGGUGUGAAGAAGCCGGAUCAGCUUGUCCUCUGUUUCUGGGACGUCAAAGAGUGAAUGAAGGCUGCCCAGCGGUAAUGUAAUUGUCUCUUUUGGACUGGUACGAACUAUAAUUGCUCUGUUUUCGAUUUGCUAUACUUUAACCUGAGCCGGCUCCAGGCGAGAAAGUCC